AGUCUUUUCGGACUGAAGAAUGUACUGGGUCGUAUUCUCCCUGCAAUACUUUCCUGGUGGAUGACAUUAAUGGACAAGGAAGAAGUGCUAGAAAACACCAUUUUGUACAAUGGAAGGUUCACCAAAUCCUAGCCUUAUACUAAUGUCACCCUCUUCAGUAUUAUCACGAAAAAGAAAAUUAAGUCCAAGAUCUCGAUCUCAAUCUUGUGAUAGUGAUGACAGUUACAGUACCAAUUUGACUCGAUCUCGAUCUCAAUCUUAUGAAAGAGACAAAAGUUACAGAUGUGAUGUUUCAAAAUGGGAUAAUGGUAUAUUAGAAUCUUAUGGGAUCUUUUACGAUGAAAAAGCGACAGAAUUGUCAGAGUUAACUAAAUCUGUUCUGGAAGGCUUGUAUUCAGUGGAAUUUUAUGGUAUCAAAGAUCGUGCUGCAUUUUGGACUAAACUUCUGGAAAUAAAGGAAUGUCUGAUCGAAUCGACAAAAAAAUGCAUGAGUAGCUUUGAUGAAGAUUCUGAUUCUAUCAUAAUGUCAUGUAAAAUAGAAAAAAUUGAAAACUUUUUCAUACAAGCAAGGAGAAACAUUAAAGAGGAAUUCAUGUCAAUGAGAAUUGGGUCUGCAUCAUCAGAUUUUCUUUCCAGGCACCUGUUUAGCCUUUGGUAUGCUGGGAUUACAGAGUUUGUUCAGUAUUAUUCUGACCUUAUACAAGGAUUGAUUUCUGGGAAAAGAACUAGUGUGGAAGGUGCCUUUAUUCAGCUUCUAAUACUCUUCAGCAAGAUACUCCUGUUGAACCCUGUGAGAGGAGAUGCUUGGCAGAAAGUAGAAAUGAGGCUUAAUGGCAUAGUAGACAUAACUAGUGUUUCAGAUAUCAGAUACACUGUGCUGGGAGAACCUACACGUUUUUCUACAGGUUCAUCUCUGAUGACAGGGACUGUUGGAGAGGUGAAUAUGUGGCUGCAGUUAAAUUACAUGGAAAAUGCCAGGGAUUUUAGCAUCAGAGAUGAGAAGUUUCGAAGCCAACCUCUCGAGAAUAUGUUAGGACAGCAUGGAGGAGAACUUUUGGUGGAAAUCAUGAAUUCUGCAAUACCUAAUACAUCUUUUGGGAUUAUUUGUGUUAAGACCACGAUCAUUUUCACACGUUUGGAUUUGAGCACUGAACAUUUCCAAAAAUUAAGGAACGGUGAUAAACUGGAAGAUGACAGAAGUAGAAUUCUUUACUCAAGACCUUACAACUUUUUAAUUAGAAAAGAUCGUGAAGAAAUUCUGGAUACAAUGUUUCAACUAGGACUUCUCUGCAGAGUUAGAAGUUUAUAUUAUCAGGAUUAGUAACCUACACAUUUGUCCUUUAAUAUACAUGUCAUACAGCUCAAGCAUUGUGAAUGAAUGCAUUAACAUGAAAAGUAAGACAAGCUUUUUAGCUCACCUGAGCUUGAUCAAACUGCCUGAAUUAUGAAUCCUGAAGUAAUAUUUAUUUACUAUAUUUUAAUUCUUAAUACAUACAUAAGCUUUCAAAAAAUCAACCAAAUAAUGCUUUAUAAUGUAUUGUUGUAUGAAUUUUUUAUUCUCAAAUUCUUCUCAAGGUACACGAGACAUGAUUUAUUUAAAAAAGAUUAUAUGUAACUAUGUACAGUAU